CGCAAACUCCCCUCAGUCAUUAGCCCAUGUGACAAAAGGACGUUGGAAAGUUACGAGGCCAGUUUAACUGAAGGCAUCUGACAAGAAUGACAAAUUUUCUACUCUAGCCUAUUCAAAUGUGGACAUGUUUAUUGUUUGUUUUUUUACCCUGCGGAUAUGCAGGAUUAUUGUAUUGAACUUGAAUUUAAUGAUUGGUUGAAGAAGAUCAAUAGGCUGCUGUUGUGUAUAUACCGUAAAGUAUUUUCCAUUUUAUUUUAGAAAAGUUUUCGUACAAAACCUUUUUAAUCGUGGGACUAUUAACUCGUAGGCUAUUGUAUUUUCAAUGUUUUAAACAUCCCGAGGCACACAGGAACUGUCCAAGGGAAAGUGAACACCGAAUGCGCGCCCUUAGCGGUGUCAAGGAGUCAUUUCUGCUUAGGGUAAAUUACGGGACAUUCGCGUAAUUUCACUUUCAAAGUCAUAUUAGCCUUUUGAGGUCAGUUUUUUUUUAAAUCCUAGGUGACCACUCACAGACACAUCUGUGUGACCAUGCUACAAAAUGGUAACGGUAAGGAGCAACCUUCUGAAUCGCCGAAGGCUGAGCCAAAACUUGACACCACAUCAGAACCUCAAACCGAACCAGACUGCACUGACAACGCGGCGCCGGCUGCACAGGAAGACACGAAUUCCACGCAAUUCCCUAUGCCCGUUUUCCCAAAAUUGGAGAUAAAGCGUAACGCGGUGACAGACGAGUAUAAGAUCUCCAGUCAGGUCCUUGGGUUGGGGAUCAAUGGGAAGGUUCUGGAAUGCACCAAUAAGAAGACUGGGGAGAAGUGCGCACUGAAGAUCCUCUAUGACAGUCCCAAGGCGAGGCGGGAGGUUGAGCUACACUGGCGGGUGUCGGGGGGGCCAUACAUCGUUCGCAUUCUCAGUCUGUAUGAGAACAUGCAUCAUGGGAAGAAGUGCCUGCUCAUCAUCAUGGAAUGUAUGCAAGGUGGAGAACUGUUCAGCCGGAUCCAGGCCAGAGGGGACCAGGCUUUCACUGAGAGAGAGGGCUCAGAGAUCAUGCGGGAUAUUGGCACGGCCAUCGAGUUCCUCCACAACAUGAACAUCGCUCACAGAGACAUCAAGCCUGAGAACCUGCUGUACACCCAUCAGGAGCUCAAUGGUACUCUCAAACUGACAGACUUUGGCUUCGCUAAGGAGACCACUCACAACCUCCUGCAGACCCCCUGCUACACCCCUUACUACGUGGCCCCUGAGGUUUUGGGCCCGGAGAAAUAUGACAAGUCGUGUGACAUGUGGUCUCUGGGUGUCAUCAUGUACAUCCUGCUGUGUGGGUUCCCUCCAUUCUAUUCUAACACAGGCCAAGCCAUCUCUCCAGGGAUGAAGCGGAGAAUCAGGCUGGGCCAGUACGAGUUCCCAAAACCUGAGUGGGCUGAAGUGUCAGAGGAAGCCAAACAGUUGAUCAAUCAGCUGCUGAAGACAGACCCCAACGAGAGAAUGACCAUCACACAGUUUACGAACCACCCCUGGAUCAAUCAGUCCAUGGUUGUUCCCUCCACACCGCUCCACACCACACGGGUCCUGACUGAGGACAGAGAGAUGUGGGAUGACGUGAAGGAUGAGAUGACCAGUGCUCUGGCCACCAUGCGUGUGGAUUACGACCAGGUGAAGAUCAAAGACCUGGACACUUCCAGCAACCCUCUUCUCAACAAGAGGCGCAAGAAGGCCGCUGCCGGGGGCAAAUUGGGAGGCACCGUCUGCAACAGCCAGUGAGAGACUGACAUGGGAGGGAAACCACACCCGGAACAGCGGAAAAAGUGGAAGGGAAGUCCAGAGGAAGGAGGGUAGAUACAAUUGGAACAGCUGAGAGGAAAAAAGUUGUGGGAGGUCUGGGCAGGAAUGUGUAGAAGAGACUUAGCAUGCGGAGUGUGUUCAUACAGCAGAGGGGGAAGAGUCAUGUCUAGAGAAGGGAGGGGGUACUGCUAGGGAACAGCAGGGAAAUGUGAUUUGAAGCUUCUCAGCAAUCAGUUGAACUGAAGGACACAUGAAGUGAUGACAAGGUCUGCAUCUCUUAUCAGCAGGCCUUCAUACUGUAGGCCUUCCAUAAUUUUAACUUGAUUGUGUUUUUGUGUAUGUGCGUGUUAAUUUGAAAGGUUGUUCAGGAUCUGCUCUAUAUAAGUUCAUGUAUAUUUUUUGUGUGUGUUGGUAAGGGAGAACGGGGUUGGUUGUCUCACGGGUUGGUUGUCACAGUGCUAAUUACUCCCAAUCUAAAUGGAAAUGUGUAAUUUGUAAGGUAAAAAUUUGUGAAUUAUUUGAAGGAAUUCAUCCAGCUGAUCAAUACAUGUCAGCAUGACAAAAAGUAAAAUAUGGAAGUAAAAUAUAUAUAUAUUGGUAUUUUCUUUGUAAAUGUUUGUGGGAGUAUCCAUGAACAAUUAUGUUUGUUGAAAAGAGGAAAGGGAGAACUAUAUUUCAAACAUAUUUCUGAGUUCCAAGGUCAAGCCAUGUGGUAGCCAGCAUCUUAGUUAGCUUUGGGGAGCUGGUUGGGGAUGGUUGUUACUUGGAAUGUGGGGUUGGUUGUCACUAUCAACUCCAUGAUAAUAAAUCCCAAGCUCUUUUGUGCUUGUGCUAUAAAGAGCUCAUUUAGUUUCCUCUCCCUCACACACAUUUUUUUCAAACACACACAAACACACAAAUUUACUCAAAAUGCCAUAUUUUAUUCUCACGGCAUAAAAUGCUGAAUUUUAUUCCGAAUAUCGUUUGAUCAAAAAAAGGCUAUUUCUAAGACUAUAACUGUAAUUUCCUAUUA